GCCUCGGAGAGACUGAGCAGAGGCGGGAAAUGGCGCCUGGUAACACAACGGUGUGUCAUUUCGGAGACGGCCCUUGAGUAGAUACACAGAAAAAGUCGGAACAGAUCACGAAAACAACCACCUCCUCAGUUGUGAUGGUUAAUCGGUCUUGAGUCGUUAUCUCCAGACACUGCGGAUCACUGUAAACCUUACAUGUGACUGCUAAAACAAUGAGGCUGAGAAUGCGUAAGGCGUCUCAGCAGCCGAACCCCAGUGUGGCAAGCCGCCCGUCCCGGACCAAGCGGAGGCAUUCAGAAGUAGAAGAGGACACUCCUACUAGUGGAGGGAGGGGCUUGUUCUCGACCAUCAAAAAGUUCAUCAGAGGAAAUGCUGUUAAGGUGGAGCAGGAAAGCCCAGCCAAGAAGACACGCCUCCACUGUGAUGUGGACAACAACUUGAUCACCUCUACAACCCCAAACACCAACACCCCCCGCAGGACUAUCAGCAGGGUUGGAAGGAGAGGCUCCAUCAAUGGACAGGCAACCAAUCAUGACAGGAGUAAGGAGAAGCCCAAUGGCAGCCUUGAGGAGACGACGGCCGUUGAGGUGCCCACCAGCCCUCCCAGAACAACCCUACUUGGGACCAUCUUCUCCCCUGUUUUCAACUUCUUCUCACCAGCUAAAAAUGCCUCCUCUGGUUCUGACUCUCCAGACCAGGCACUGGAAGCAGAGGAGAUAGUCAAGCAGCUGGACAUGGAGCAAGCUGUGGAGACACCCACCAGCACAGCCACAUCCGCACAGGAACUGUGUGCCACCACUAACUUUUACUCCAGUGUAUCACAGCUGCCACCUCUGCGACCUCCCCACAUCCCAGAGGCAUCUCCCACAGCAGAGGAGGCGGAGCUUGAUGCAGAUGCCGACCUUCCACCGCUUACAGCUCCAGGUUCCAGUCCAGAUAUGGCAUAUGUGGACUCUCCGCCCACUGCAGUACCACCAGAGGCAUCCUAUGAGGAAGACUGGGAAGUCUUUGACCCGUAUUUCUUCAUCAAGCACGUCCCUCCACUGACAGAAGAGCAGCUCACUCGUAAACCAGCCUUGCCACUGAAGACACGCAGCACACCUGAAUUCUCUCUGGUCCUAGACCUGGAUGAAACAUUGGUUCACUGUAGUUUGAAUGAGCUGGAGGACGCAGCACUUACCUUCCCUGUUCUCUUUCAGGAUGUCAUUUACCAGGUGUAUGUGCGCCUGAGGCCUUUCUUUAGAGAGUUUCUGGAACGCAUGUCUCAAAUCUAUGAGAUCAUCCUUUUUACAGCCUCUAAAAAGGUGUAUGCAGACAAACUGCUCAACAUCUUGGAUCCUAAAAAGCAGCUAGUGAGACACAGGUUGUUUCGUGAACAUUGUGUUUGCGUCCAAGGAAACUACAUCAAGGACCUCAACAUCUUAGGCAGAGAUCUGUCAAAGACCAUCAUCAUCGACAAUUCACCACAAGCCUUUGCAUAUCAGUUGUCCAAUGGGAUUCCAAUAGAGAGCUGGUUCAUGGACAAGAAUGACAAUGAGCUGCUGAAGCUGGUUCCCUUCCUGGAGAAGUUGGUUGAGAUGAAUGAGGAUGUGCGGCCGCACGUUCGAGAACGGUUCCGGCUUCACGACUUGUUGCCCCCUGAUUGAACUGGAUCACAGUCUCUCAGAACGGGACAACAUGAAAAAACUGAAAACAACAUGCGUGUAAAAAGCCCUUCUUUGGAUUACAAACUACAACAUUGCCAUUACUGUUAAAAUUUUAGCCUUUUUCCCUUUUUUUGUUUCUUUUUUUUUCUUUUUCUUUUUUUUUAAAUCCACCAUUGCUUUUUAAAAAAAACUCCAAAAGAAAAACAUUUUUAAAGAUCCUGGUGACAUUUUCUAAUUAUCUAAAUGUAUAGAUGAAACUACACACACUAUGAACAAGCCCAGGUAGACUCCUCUUUUUGACUGACUCUCCAGCUGUGGAGCCGGAUACCGUCUCCACACUAAAUUCUGAAGUCUUGGUGCUGGUUUAGUGGAUAUGAAAAUGCCACCUGGUAAAGAGGAACUCCACCCCGACCGAGUCCCUGAACCCAAACCGACCCCUGGUGCUCACGCUGUUGACACUGAUGAAUAACGACACUCUGUGGCUACAGACGGUUUUCAGUGGGAAUGACUGGCCUGUAAAUCAAUCUGUGCAUGUGUGUAUGUUUACUCCUAGCCACACACACACACACUCACUGAUUUGGUGUUUGGCAAACCUACAAUCUGUAGCCUUUAAAAUCAUAUGCAUUCCUCCGUAGCUGAGUCAAGUUUCUAUUGUUGGUUGCAGUUUUUUUCUGGUAAAACUGGUGUUUCAUUGUUUUAAAAAAAAAAAAAAAAAAAAAAAAAAAAAGAAAGAAAAAAAAAGUAACAUAUUCAAAAUGUUUUACUUCUGUUUGUAAGAUAUGAUGUUUUAAAAGGGGUCAUGUAAGUUUUAUUGUAAGCCUUAUUCCAAUAGGAGAACAUGGUUGCAUAUUAAUGAUUGAUGAGUCCACUGCAUAGUAAGUUGAAAUGGAAUUAAUCCAGGACUUUUAAGUAUAGUUUGUUCUCGUUCUAACAACUAGAGGUUUAAAUCAGUGUGUUGGCUUCACUCUGGACACAACAUGGCUCCCUAAUUAAAUGUUAGGAUUAAGAAUCUUGUUACCUGUAAAUCUGACAUAUUGUAAAGGUCUGAGGGCAUUCAUUUUCAAAGUGAUAUGUGUCAACAUUAGCCUUUCUUUAAUAAUAGUAUUUCAUUUGUCUAUAAUCAGUAUUGUCUUUUACUCCUAAUCAAGUAUUCUGGCGAAAUCAGAGUUCUGUUUCUUUUAGUUGUGGUGUGUAAUUUGAUGGCUAUGUCAGUAGCAUAAUGACUAAUGUAGCACAUCUCUGCCAGUGUGUCAUGUCAGGCCAUAGUAGUAAUAUAUGGCCAGACCCUGUACCAGCCAUAUCUGGCACCAGCAACAUACUGUUUUAACUGUCAGCUUCAUUGACUGCCCCUCUACCUGUCUGUUUCAUACUUUUUACUUUUAAGCUUUUUCUUUUUUUUUUUCUUUUUUUGUAUAGCACAGUUUAAAGCAUUGUGUUUAAGAAUGGUAACUAUAUGAAUGUGUUUCUGCCUGACUUCAGCCUGGACAUUCAAGCCAAACUGACAUUUUACUCCACUGUUGUUUCAACUUAAUUUAUUUAAUAGUGAGACAAACAGUAGGCAGAUAUGUUGAUGUUGUAUUGGCAUCCCUACAAGCCUAAACCUGCGAGGUAAAGACAGAAAGAUCAAAUGCCUGUCAGUCGAAAAAAAAGGCCAAACCCUUAAGAGUCAACUUGAACCUUUGUGACAAUUUGGCAUGCAUUGUUGAACUUUUUACAGUUCUUGUUCAGUUUGAAUCAAAGUGCAUUUUAUGUUAAAGCAAAAGUGAGUGUUUGGAUUUGUCUGGGUUGCUUGUACAGUGCCAUACGAUUCCGCUCCUCACAAGCCCCCACCCCCACCCCACUGCUUAGAUGGAAAGAGACAAUCAGACCUCGAAGCUCUGCCGAUACUGAAACCUGGAUACACCCACCCUUCCCCUAAUUUUUUUUUCAGUGUGCAGUAGGUGUUGUGUACUGUGAUUCCAUUGCAUCAGAACCCCCCACCCCCACCCCCACCCCCAUGAGUAAAAUUGCCAGGUAAUUCCUGUUGUGCCCUGCCCAAAGGACGCCUGCUGCUCACUUAACACAGGUUCUGUUCAGAGAUGGUUUCCCGCCUGUCUUUGCCUUUUCUAACCAGAAGUUAGUAGCUCUCCAGAAAUUAGAAUUAGUUUGUGUUCAAGUAAAAUUGUUACAGGGCACAAUUGUUUACUCUGACGUAAUGUUACGAGUACACAUGUCCAGACUAUGAAUGUAAAUUGUACAUGGGGUGAAGUUUUAAGUGUCUUUCCGAAUUCCAUGUUGUGUUCUCUCCUCAUCAAGUAGAGCAAAUAGAUGAGGAGAGGUGCCAGCUCACAUCUGCCAGUCAGAUGUUGAAGAGGAGGCAAGAACAAUGUUGCGUGGAAGAGGAGACAUGUCUUGAGGUCCCAACAUGGUAGUCCCCUCCCUGCCCCCCAUGACCUCUCACCAUCCCAACUGCCACCUUUUUAGUAUGCAAGCCUCACCUGGAGUGUGUGAUGUAGCCCAGGUGUGCUCGUCUCCUCAGUGGGCGGUGUGAUCAUGUGUGAUUAUCACUCAUGGUUUGUUUGUGAAGGAUGGGUGGGAGGCAUUUGAUACUUUUAAUCCAGCUCGUUUUUAUGUGCAUUACCAGUUUAUUGUACACUUGAGUGUUGUACAAUACAUGCAGCUUCAUGUUUAAAAAAAUCCUUAAAGUAAGGAAAAAAUUUUGUAUUUUUGAUUUCAAAAGGCAUGUCAUAUCUACUUUUUAAAUGUAUUAAUGAAGAUUUAACUUUACAUCAAAUGGAGUGUUUUUUUUUUCUUAAAAAUAUCUGUAUGUUUAGUUUAGCGCUAUGUCACUGAACUGUUAAAUUUAGCAUGUAGAGAAUACAGCUUGCUUUGUGGGAGAGUCCUGAAUUAAAUUUUAUUCAUGGCACUUUUUCUGCAGAAAAAAGCAAUCGUGUUAAUGAUUUUUUUUUUCUUUAUCCGUUAAGCCAUUUUACUUGCAAGAACUGCUAUUUGUGCUGAAGAUGUAUUUAAAAAUGUUUUAAGACAUCUUUGUUAGCCGUCAGGCUAUGCUAUUGUAAAGUGUAUAUACAGUUACAUUGAAUUUCUGAAACAAAGUUUUAAAGUUAAAA